AUGCAGUCUCCGCCAGGAUCGCCAUUUGCGGAGGUCAUCUCCUCCCUCGCCGGCCUUCACCAGCAACACCACCAGGCCCUGUUGGGUCUGAGAGAAGACCAGGAGAGGCGAUUCCAAGUCCUCAUCCAGACCCAACAGGAGGACCGCGAGGCGUUCCGGAGCUGGGUGAGCCAGGAGAAAGGUGCAACCGGAACAUCGACCGCAUCCCCCACCAUCCCGCUACAUAAGAUGGGAGUGCAGGACGAGCCGGAAGCUUUUCUGGAGCUGUUCGAGAGGUCUGCGGAGCUGUCAGGAUGGCAGCCGGACGCGUGGGCAGCCCGUCUGAUUCCCCUUCUGACUGGCGAAGCCCAGAUGGCCGCCCAACAGCUACCAGUGGAGAACCUGCUCAAGUACGCAGACCUCAAAAAGGCUAUCUUAGAGCGAGUAGGGCUCAGUCCGGAGCAGCAUCGCCAGCGGUUCCGAUCAUUGGAACUCGGGGAUCGCGGUCAACCCUUCGCCUUCGCUCACCAGCUCCGGGAUGCAUGCCGCAAAUGGCUGGUGGCCGACGCCAGCACUAUCGACAACAUAGUGGAUAAGGUGACACUGGAACAGUUCGUGGGACGACUCCCCAGGAAGACAGCCCAGUGGGUCCAGUGUCACCGACCGUCGUCGCUGGCUCAGGCCAUCCAGCUGGCGGAGGACCAGUUAGUGGCGUGCCCCGGGGUCGGCGUACCCCUAACGACAUCUUCUCUCUCUCCCACUAUCAACCCUUCUCCUUCCACCAGACCUGUGCCGUUUCCGAGGUCCAGGGGGACGUUUUUUCCCCGACCAGCCCCACGUAACCGGACGUUUCCGGAGAUGGGGAAUCCAGGAGCCGCCAGGACUUUUGAGGGAGCCGGGAACUUACAAGGGCAUGGCCCCAAUGCCUCUACUCACCCGUCAUCCUCCCAAGCCUCUCCUCGCCAAUUCGGGGGUCUGCCUCCUGCCGCUAGGGCGGCGGGAACUUCUGGGCCGGCCUGUUGGCGUUGUGGGGACCCCGGACAUUUUAUCGACCGAUGUCCCAUGAUGGAGGUCGGUAUGAUGAUCCGGGUGCCGGACAACCCACAGGCUGCCCUCGGUCAAGAUGGGCUGUACCAAAUACCUUAAUUGGCGAGGAGACGCUUUAAAAGCGAAAGGCAGAUCUGGAGGUAGAGAGAGAGACCGGCUGGGAAAACGAGUGCCAGAGCUACAGAGACGCUGUAUCCAGAGGAAACAGAGAGACGAGAGAUUCUUAGAUCCGGAAGGAUCGAGCGGGACUUUUAUUUUGAACACCGGAUGUGUGAAACCCGGAACUAUUAUUUGAAUAAAAUACUUAUCGUUUUCCCAGCCACGCCGACCCUGACUCCUUUCUUCCCUACACUUA